CGCCACGAUUUCCCAAUACUUGUGCGGAGCCGCGCGACCGGCACGCGCUUUUGGACGCGACACCGAUUCGGUUCUCUCCCGUGUCGCAAUAAUAAUAAUAAUAAUAAUAAGUAAUUCGUCGUCGUCUCGUCUGUGCGGUGUGACGCGUGAGUCGUGUACCGGCACGCAGUGUACGUUGUUAGGUAGCCGCGACGGCUCCGCGUGCGCGUUCGACGUGGUACUAACCGCGAUUCUGGUACCUAUCUCAACACGUUUACGUUACCCGACCGUUACGGAAUAACGUUACCGUUUGAGUUUUUCGCCGAUUUCUCAUACCUCCUCCCCCCACCCCGUAUCAACGUUUUUGUUCCGUUCGUCAAUCUCGUUUCGGUAACGGACAAACGACACGGUCUCCGAGAAAAACCGCUGCACCCAUAAUACCCGUUGUCCAUAUACUCCUCACCGGUCGUUUUAAUAAUAGUCUAACGGUACGUACACACUCAUCUUUGCCGGGGAUCCGCGGAAAAUGAACAGAAACGCGCGAAAGAAUACGGACCCCAAAGGGUUGGUCAAAAACGAAACGCCGGACGAAGAGAUCAAAGAGUAUGUAAAAACGACAAUGAAUGAAAUGCUCGGCUGGUAUGGAUAUGAUAAAAUUAAUUCUAAAGACUGUUCGCUACAAAGUAUGAAUCUAGUUAAAAUCAGAGAAAAAUAUAGAGAUCGAUCCAAAAGCACAGAAUCAGACACUUCAUCGGACGAAUACAACUGUCCGCAAUCACCGACAACAGUGCCGAAUUCAUCAGUUCAACAAAUGAUGUGCGGAUGGUGUGACAUAACACUAGAGACCAAAGCAUUAACAUUCCGCACGGCAGAAUCUGAUAAUGAAAAAGUGUUCUGUUCUGAACAAUGUUUCUCGCAGUACCGUCGAGCGAACUUCAAGCGAAAUAAAACGUGCGACUGGUGCAGACAUCUGAGACACACGGUCAACUGUGUGGACUUCCAAGACGGCGAUCAUCAACUACAAUUCUGCAGUGAUAAGUGUUUAAACCAGUAUAAAAUGAACAUAUUUUGUAAAGAAACUCAAGCACAGUUGGAGCUUCACCCUCAUCUACAGAACGCGUUACUACCAGAAAACCUUUACAAAACCUUGGAGCCCAGCUUGCCACUUAUUACACCUGACUUGUGGCUACGUGAUUGUCAUUCACCACCACUUGCAGACCGGUCACAGUCUCCCCAAAGGCCACAUUCCCCUUCUACACCAGGCCCAGCAGUUCCUCAGCUACGAGUGUCUAAUAAACUUUUUGACCGCCAAUCUCGAAAACGAAAAAGAACCACGGCCGAAGAUGUACCACCCCAUGUUUAUCCUCAGUUUCCAUCGCAUACACCGGUUUACUGUACUCCGCCACCACUAUGUGAACCGGCGUUCACACAAUCUCAAACAUCAAAUAAUAAUACACCAAGCAGUAAUGCAUCACCACCACCACUCUACCCGUUAAACUUGCCACCAUCACUGUUGCCACCACCCAUGAUUUUAGUGCCAUAUCCAAUUAUGCUACCAAUACCAAUACCUAUUCCAAUACCUAUACCUUUACCAUUUUUACAAAAACAGUGCGAUAGUAACAGUAACGAAGAAAAAAAAUGAUAAAAAAACAUAAUAACUGUGUACAUUAUGAAAUAGAGGUUAAAAUAUUGGAAUAUCAGGAACAAAUUAAUAUAAACAAUAUAAUUAUAUGUAUUACUAUAUGUCAGUAUAAAUUGUAAU